UGCUCUCACCAAUUGAUCUUUCCUUAGGUAUAACAAAACCUUUGUAUUUAGACAGACUGAAGUGGAUGAAUUUAGGAACUCUACCUAGUAUUAUGAAAAUGACCAAUACGGGUGAGACUGUGACAAUCAGUGCACAGUGGCCAAGCUCUCCGCCCUACUUGGUAAGUGGCCCACUGGACGACAGUUAUGUUUUCUCACAGAUACACUUCCACUGGGGUACGGGUGAGCACGAUGGAAGUGAACACUCCAUUGAUGGUUCAUGUUAUCCACUAGAGAUACAUGCUGUGUUUUACAAAUCUCAGUACCUCACACAAGACGCAGCACUUCAGAAAGAUGAUGGAAUAGUUGUCAUUGUUUACUUGUGCAAGCUGCGAGACCAAUCGUCUCCUUGUUUCAAGUGGUUGUCACCCUACCUGGAUCAGGUGGUGGAACCAAAGGUUUCUACAUUGUUAGCUCUGGUCCCUCUUUCGUCUCUGCUGAUUCCCUUCACUCUGGACUAUAUCCUGUACUGGGGCUCCCUUACUGUGGGUCACUGUUCCCAUGUCAUGCUUUGGCUCAUUUCAAGGGCAGCUUUAGGCAUUUCCUUAGAAGAUCUCAAUAAAUUCAGGAAAUUAUUUUGCUCACGAAAAGAAGCUUUGAAUAGAAAUUUCGUAGCCGUUAAUUUAACUCAAGAUCGGACUGUUUUUCAUGUGAACCCUUCCAUGGAAACAAAAGACUUUCUGCUUCCAGGAAUAGUUGAGCCACUUAUGCAACUCUUUGAUUGUGAACCAAGUGGUGAUUAUACUCAAAUGACAGUGCUGAACCAAAAACAGGCUGAUCAGAUCUUCAGAAAGAAGUGUAGUGAGAAAGAGGAUCUGGUAAAUGCCCCAAAAGAGGUUAACCAAACCACAAAUUUAAAGGAAACUAAAUCAAAUUCACAAAAAUUUGAUUUGAGCAAUAUAUCAAAUUGUGAAAGUGCUGAAGAAUUGAAGAAAACUAUAACAAGACACAACUCUUAUCAGAGUUUGUCAAGUUCAGACAAAAUAAGUGACACAAGCCCAGUAAGGAUUUCUGUGAAUUUUAAAACCAAAAUAACAGAUCAAAAUGGUAAUGUACAGGAAAUUAGCCCAAAUUUAACCAAGAAUGAUUUGUAUAAAUGGUAUAAUUAUGAACAAUCAAAGAAAACGCAUAAAAUGUUCUUAAGAAAAAAAUCGGAUCUAUUUUCAUUAAGUUUAUUGAAAUCAAAUGACACCAGUCCAACAAGAAUCCCUAUAAGUAAAACAAGAAGUGGAGAUUUGAAAGAAGAAAAACUGAAACAUAAAUUUAAAACAACUGGUAAAAGGGAAUUAGGGAUACCACGGAUUAAAAAAGGUGUUGAGUUAAAAAGAGUAAACAGUGAGAGUUUGGUGACAAAAAAUGUUCAUGAGUGUUCUGUGAGCCAAAACAAAAAAUCUCCAGUCUCUUUGAUGAGCAGAAAUACAACAGAAAUACCUUCUAUCAAAUCAAAACUUCCAAUUCGGACAUUUGAUAAAUCCUUAAAAUCUUCUUUGGUUAAGUAUUUUUCAAAACCUGGAUCAGCACCUCAGAGUGAAAAAUCUCAAACAGAAAGUACAGAACAAGAGAAAUACCAGACUGGGUCAAGAAAUGUAUGUCUUGAAUACAGUCCUGAGAAGAUUAAAAGGCCUGUUUACAAAUAUUUUCCAAAGCCCUUGGGUAUUAACGAUGGAAAAUAAAACUAUAAUUAUAUAAAAAAUGUAUAAUUUUUAAAUUGAGACGUAUUGCAGGCUACUGAAAACUCACUUAAAAUGUGUUCUUUAUUAUUUAUUAUUUAUAAAGUAUAAAAAUCCAGUACAAUUCCUUUAAAAGAACCUUCUGUUCUGAUUUCAGGUAAACUACCACCCCCGUUCUGGAGUACAACAGCAAAAUUUAUGAGUAGUCUAUGGUGUAAAACAAAGAAAUUCUCUUUGUUGUGUUUUGCAUGUUACAUGUUUUAAAUUCUAAAAUUAAAUAUUUUUCUCCUUAAAGUAUA